GAUAUUUCGAAUUUAAUGACCUGCGGGUCUGCCGUGUCUAACUAAAAUUAUAAGCGAGAAAGCUACUCCGACAAACACACCGCAACAAAUUUUGUUGAAGCUUGCUGUACACUGGCGUAAAGUUGCAAACAAAAUAUCUGCCCGAUAGUUGGUAAGCGAUCACUACGAGAUCAAGGUUAUCGCGAAAGUUGCGGUCAAUGCGGAUGGGCUUGUGACUUUAUGUAUAAUUGUAAGAUUUCAAACUUAGCAACAGUCCAGACGAAUUCCCUGCCUACUGCUUAAGUGUGUACCGGGGCGGAUCUCACGUGCGUGAUAAUUCUGUGAUAUCAUUUUAACCUAAUGGGUAAGACCAUUGUAUUGGGUGACCCGUGAAUUCAUGAAUAUUAAAUACAUGUAAUUGUGCAUUGUGAUAAAAAAAUAAAAAAGCUGACAUUUAUCUAAAUUAACUGUAAGCCCCAAGUGAGCAUGCAACAUACAUUACGGAUAUUGUGAUGACGAGCUCGGAACCAGGCGUCCUUAUGGGCCGAUAUAAAAUAGUGAAUGCAGCGGCGCGCGGCUCAAUACUCCUACUUCUUCACCGCGACGCCGACAUGAACUGCUCCAAACAGAUCGUUCGCUUGCUGCUCUGCGGCGUGUGCUUCGUGGCGGCGCUGGUCUCCGCGCUUCCUGACAGCGGCUACGUGCCACUUCCAGGACCUGGACUUUCUUAUGGAGGUAUCCCGUACGGCAGCAUGAGUGGAAACGUGGCGGAAUACUUCCGCAACAUAAAUACGCCAUCUAGCGGUCGAUCGGCGAACUUGGAAUCAAACAACAACCUCGGAUACAAACCUAUUGAACAAUGGCUCCGAUAGAGGGCACUAGUCGGCAUUGUAAUUUAAUACCACACAUUUUACCUCAAUUUUAGAAUAAGCCUCAUUUAAUUUUAUUUAUACAUUUAAUAAUAAUAUAUUUUUAAUAAUUGACUAAGAUACAAAA